UAAAUGUAUUUGAUGUUGCGAAUGCAAAGAUUCUCCCAAUAAGUUGCCUUGGGUGUCCACUAUACCGCAACCAGUGUCAUCGCAGGAGGUUUCUAUGCCCAAAAUAACUUUGGUUUCGGUAUUAAAAUGUUUGUAAAAUUUGGCUUUUGAGUUGUUUAUUUGGUUUAGCAGAUUUACUUUAGGGUAGUGCUUAAAUAAUGCCAUUUUUCUUGAAAAGUUAAAAAGAAUCUUGUUUAAAAAAAAAAAGUGGGGUUAUGUUUAUUGUUUACUUUUAAGUGCCCUGGUCAAGGCAUUUGGAAAUCCGGCAACCCUGCCUGUAGCCUAACUUCUUUGUCUUUUUUUAAUGCUUAUCAAAAAAAGAUAAAAAAUAAACAUAGUGAUCAUUUAUGACAUUCAAAUUUCAAAAUUUAACAUUCAAAAAUCAAAAUAAAUAAACAACAAACCACCUAUAAAUAGUUAUUAUAAGGUAUUCGAUUUAACUACAACGUAAAUAAAAUUAUUAUUAAUAGAUCCAAUUUGCGUGACAAAUUACCCACUUCCUAUUGAAAUUUUUCUUGUACAUUUUCAACGUUAAAACAUAAAUAAAAACCAUGUCGUCCAUCCUACAUAGAGAAGAUUUUAGUCUUGGACCCAUAAGUUACGAUAGAAUAGAGACAAACCUUUAUCUAGGAGGUGUAGCAGCAGCAACAGAUAUCGACACUUUAAAUAAAUUAGGUAUCACUUACAUAUUGACAAUCGAUACUUGCCCAUUGCCCAGAAACAUAUCAGAGUUGAAUCACAUCAAAAUAAAAUUUAUACAACUUGCUGAUUUCCCAAAAGAAGAUUUAAUUAGUCAUUUUGAUGAUACCAACGCCUUCAUACAAGAAGCAUUGCACAACAAUAAAGCAAUACUUGUUCACUGUUAUUUUGGUAUUUCGAGAAGUGCCACUGUAGUCCUAGCAUACAUGAUGAAAAAAAACCAACUAUCAUACACUGAAGCUUACAACAAACUCAAAAGCAAAAGAAGUCUCGUAUUUCCAAACAAAGGCUUUGUAACCCAGCUAAGGUUAUACAAAGAAAUGGGCUACAAAAUCGAUCCCUCCUACACGAAAUACAAAAUGUUUCGCCUCAGCGUGGCAGCUGAUAAAGUAGCAAAAGCCAAAAUAUUACCGCAAAAUUUUCUGAAUCUUAUUCAGCCAGAUCCAGGGCUUGUCCAGUCACAACCUGAGCCCAACGUAUACAGAUGCAAAAAGUGCCGUAGAAUAAUUGCCUCAGAAAGCCACUUGAUUUUGCAUCAAGAAAAAGACAAACAAAUUAAAUGUGUUAAUACAUUCUUUGUGGAACCCAUUACUUGGAUGAAUGUGGCGCAAACCACUCAAGGAAAGUUGCACUGUCCUAAGUGCAACCACAAAGUUGGCUCAUUUAGCUGGGUAAUGGGAUGUCAGUGUCCUUGUGGCAUUCAAGUGGCACCGGCUUUUUAUUUGGUUCCAUCUAAAGUUGAUUUUACUAAUGUAGUGAAGAAUGUUGAAAUGACUUUCUAGGCAAUUUAAAAAAAGAUGCCAAAACUUUAAUAAUAUUUUUUUAAUGGCGAAUAUUUAAGUAAAUAAAACCCUUCUUUGAUAAUGUUUAAAUAAGUGUUGUUACAUAUUAUAAAUAUACAAUUUUUUGUUUAAAAUGUUGCCAAAUAAUAACUAAAAUUAGAUUUUGCAUCGUGGUUUAUUUUGAUGCCUUGGUUUUAUGUUUUCGCAAACAGCAGUACACCGUACUUUUCCCACUGCAGUCAUUCUGUAGUCUCUAGGUAUCAAGAGCUUCUUGAAUAUCUACAAAAUAUUCAGAGUUGUGAUUUGACUCGGGAGCAAUUUCUACUUACAUAAACCCAAGAAAUGGCAUAAUCUAAAAAUGGCCCGGAAUCGAAAUCGAUCGGAUCGCCUAAUUCUUGGAGCGGUUUAUCAUCUCCGAACCAUUGCCCUACUUUCUCCAGGAGAUGGGAGGCCAUUGCGAUACUAUUCAAUUUUGAUAUAUUUUUUUUGGGUAUUUGUGCAUUAUAUUGUGUCAAUGUUCAGGUGACAAGACAGUAAUUUAAUUACAGGUUUUAGCGCAUCUACAGUGUGCCCACUUAAGUUCGCAGCAUAUGGAAAACUUUUUUAUUAUCAAUUUGACGAAAAAAAGUUAUUCUUUAUAAAAGUUUCUGCUUCUUGAAAAACUAUUAAACUAUUGAAACUUGAAAUAGCAUGUACAGGGUGGUCAAAAAAUAAAAAACUAUACAGGGUGUUUCCGAAGUACGGUUCGUAACUUCAGGAUGUGAUUCCUUACGAUAUUCUAAGAAAAAAGUUCCCAUAAACAUGUGUCCGGAAAUGCGUUGUUUCUG